CGCAUGCGAGGACUGUUUAUACGUCCACGUACUUAGAUACGAAAAUGCGGGUAGGACAUUUUGAAACCCGCCACGCAUGGGCUCGUUUCGGCGCAUACGUUGUCUCCGACUGGCGAGGGCAAUUGAGAGCAUCCUGGGACGAUAGAUGAUGGAGAAAACCUGAAAGGCGGAGCAAGACUCAAUAUCCCACCGUUCUGCAUCAUCUGUCUGAUGUGAUGUUUUUGAACGCAAAGAUCUGGCUGGCAGGGGGCUGCGAACCCAGUCGGCAAGAUCUAUCGGCAGUGAAAGGACGGUCCCCUCCGAAAGGUGUGUCGAGGUAUUGACAGAAGCCGCUCAAACAACGGCGGUUUGUCCAUAGGAUCACGAACCGCAAUAUCCACCCAACUGCAGAGAUGAGUCCAGGCAGUGACCCAACAGCUCAGUUGGAUCGUAUAUAAAGGGAAGUAUGACCCAGGAAGCUCAACAACUCACCAGACACUCAUACCUCGUAGAACUCCUCUCCCAUACACAGAAACUAUUAUGAACGUCAUUCCGUCUCCUGUGCAUCUUCUGGACCGAGCACGCUCGACCUUUGAUUUGACUACCCUAGAGCGGGCGAUCUACGGAAGCAACCAAAGGCGAGAGGGAAUGCGUCCUCAGGAUUUCGAUGUAGAUCCGCAGACGGGUUUCUUUCCGCCGCGACCACUUCCACAUCUACCAGCUGCAUUUUCCAUCUGGGAAGAGUCCCUGGCUGGAGCACAGCAGGCACUGCGUUUGGCUGAGAACCAAACUCCUGCUGCUGUUGCUAAACGCACUGCCGGCGAGAGAUGGAGGGCAAAUGUCCGCUCGUGGCCGGUAUUGAAUAUUGGUGAUCUUCGCGACAAUCUGCGUUGCCUGCAGCGGGCGCACAUGGUGCUUGCGUUCAAUCUGCAUUACUAUGUGCAUUCAAUGCCAAAGGCAAAUAAGGAUGCGUUGGUUCACAUUCCCGCCCCGUUAGCAAUUCCGCUUGCAGCGGUGUCGAAAGAACUCAAUAUCGCACCCGUGCUGACGUUCGCCGACGUGGUCCUGUGGAAUUGGGAAUUCGUCGAUCCCGAGCAACCGCUGUCCGUUGGAAAUAUGCGCUAUGUAAACCUCCUUUCAGGAACGGAGACAGAGGCUGCGUUCUAUACGGCAUCUGCAGCUGUAGAGUUGAAAGGAGUAGAGAUGUUGCAGAUCAUUGAAGGGUUUGUCAAUCUGGCGGAUACGUCGGAGUACAGUUCUGUGGCGAAAAUUUAUCGUGAUCUUUGCCAACUCAAGACAACUGUGGAAGAACUUACGGAGAUCUUCCGUUCGAUCCGCUCUGCAGUUGAUCCACACUCCUUCUACUGGAUUGUUCGUCCAUGGUGGAAUGGUGCUGAUACCAAAGCAAACGGGCAACCCGGUUGGGUUUUCGACGGUGUUCCCAAUUACGCAUCCUUUGAUCUCGCCGGGCCUUCGGCAGGCCAGAGUUCCGUCAUGCAUGCUCUCGACAUCUUCCUUGACGUAGAUCACAAACUCGUUCAUCAUCGUCAGCCAGCCCCGUCUGAAGCUAACAAGAAGGCUGAACAUGGCUUCAUGGAAAGGAUGAGACGUUACAUGCCGGGGGCACACCGUGAAUACUUGAACCGGAUUGGCUCAGUGCCACGGAACGUGCGGCAAGUUGCGGAGGCAACACCUAACCUUCGAGAGCCAUACAACGCUGUUGUAGACACCUUGAAACGCCUUCGAGAUGAGCACAUGAAAAUCGCAACUCUCUAUGUCAUCACACAGGCCAGGACGACACCACCCGCCAGCGCCGGUAUCAUAUCGGUCGAGGAGCCUAAAGGCGGACCCGCUGUGGGAACAGGCGGCAACGUGGUCUCCGUGACCCUCAAGGCGUCGCGUGACGCUACUCAACGCACCAGGCUCUCAGAUGCGUGAAAAGAUAAACCAGAGAUGGAAUGGACCUAAAGUUGUGUAUUAUUAUUUGAACUGCGACCUUGUCGACUCUGAGCGGACUACUCACUAUUUACAUGUCCUACUUCUCACUGAAGGACACCAUUUAUGACUCUAUAAUACCUAUAUCAUAGGCCAUAUGUCCUAGCCAUAGCAUCCAAAUAUUCUCCUGUUAGCACUAGACUGAUGUUAGAAUAUAUAGUGGGCAAACCUGGUCCACAUUGGUUAUAUAAAAUGAGUGUAGAAUAACAACC